AUGCCAGUCGAGAAGCUCAAUCGAGCGUUCUCCCAUGGGAUAUUCUUCUGUCUGAUCUGCCUUCUUCUGCUUGUUGAAUCCUUUGGCCAGUCACUGUCUCGUCAAUUCAACAAGUGCGAUCCCAACAGCAACAGCUGCAUACAAUGCUGGAAAGCUGAUGUUAUAGAAGGAAGUGCUCCCAAGGAAGCGUCAAAUAUGACGGAAGCGAGCUGCAUUUCACCAGAUAUGACCUUCGAAAUCAGUAAAGGCAGCACUAACAAAAUCUAUGACUGGAGUGGAAACCCAAAUGGGUGGUUAAUUCAUGACCGCGACGAAUUCAAGAUUAUGGUCAAAGCAAGCGUGGAUUGGAUUGACUCAUCCCAAUUCUCACGACUAGCAUUCGAAGUUCAGCUUUGCAACAUUGACAAUAUCAUGCUUUGCCAGCCAGUGCUCGCGCCAACCACAUUUUUUGACGAGGACAUUACCGCAAUUGACGAGAUUCAGAAUCUGCGGACGACCCAAACUCCCAGCGUCACCCGAUUUGUCGAUCUGGGUUCGGUGGCUAGUGAUACUGUCGAAGAGGAACUAAACUUUGCGGAAGUUACCGUUCCGGGAACAUAUCGCAUACUGACCAGUUUAGUGUUAUCCAAUGCUUCAAGCGUUUCAGGAGUGACAAUGAUCUCCAAUAUCAAAUACCUGAAUGUCGUUCAUAACGACCCCAUGGAGCUUUCGUCGGAAUCUUACACGGCUAUUAUUGUCAUGAGUAGUGUCGCAAGUACUGUGAUACUUUUCCUGUUCUUCCAGACAUUCGCCUAUCGAAAUGCCCAAGUAUUCGAGCUGACGCAGGGGAAGUUCAUCAUGGCAAUGCAAAUCUGUGCAUUGGUAGCAACAAGCAGUCUGAUUUUUUUCACACCAAAGGAUCCCUUCUGUCAGUUGUCACCUCUGAUAUACUUAUCAACGCAUAUGGUUUAUGCCAUUCUGCUGGGGAGGAUGUGGCGUAUAAGAGCAGUGAUUUCGCCCUUGCUCCUGUUGACUUUGGAACGAAAGGACGAUUUUACAACAACGAUUGUCGAUUUGAUCAGUCGCCUCACCGCAUGCGCCUGUUGGCAAGGAAGGCAACAGAAAAAGAUAAGGAUGCAGAUCACGGACUACCAGUUAGCUCGUGUCAUUAUGCUCUUGAUUCUACCACAGCUACUCGUCCAACUUCUUAUUUUGAUUGUGUACUACGGCAACAAGAGCAUCUUGCUGGAUGUUGAACGGGAUGGUCUUAUUGAUGGUGUCUACAUCUGCGAAUACGGCGCGUUCUAUUCGACGCUUCACAUUAUUGCAGUUUCUUUGAUUGGCCUUGAGUUCUUUUUGUUGGCACUUCUAAUGUGGAGUUCAAGAGAGCUCCCAUCUCUCUUCAAUGAGACGAAGAAGGUUUGGCAGAUUCUGCGUGCCACUUUUAUUUUUGUUCUGUGUGGGACCCUGCUCAUUGCAGCGACUAUUGAUCACUACAAUACGGCGCAAGUCCGUGUCCUUGUUCCGGCAUUUGUUCUCGGGUUGAACAUGUGCCAGACAUGUUGGGUUAUCACUUGGAGCAAGCUCAGGGUAGCUUGGCGGGGGAAGAAAAUCCUAGUUACAAAACUGAUUGCAGAUCACAAUUUUAACAGAGGCAAAAAUGAGGCUAUGGGGAUGGGGAGUACAAAAUACUUCUCCCACGACGCGAAUUGCGGAAACAAGUUUUCUGGAUAUCAAACACCAGCGGUGAAGACAGAUCAAACACCAGCAGUGAAGACAGAAACACACGAGUAUUACAAUACAGCAGAUGUGGAACAAGAACCAUCGAUUGACAUCUUCAAGAACGAUGAUCAAACAGAGAAUGUCGCGUCAGACGAUAGAUCGACGGAUAGCAGUGUUUUUCUUGCAGAAAGUCAAGAGACCCUUCUUGACCUCGAGGAAAGCGAAGAGAACGAAAAUGAAGGUGUAGCACCAGGAAGCUCAGAUGCUUCGAUACCUACAGGGGAUGCGCCGUCAAGGGCAGGUACACAUCGAAGGAAAAACCAUUUCUCUCCACUGUCUUCAUUUACGCUUUUCCGACGCGAAAGGCGCGACAAACGUGGCAGCAACGCUUCGCGAACAAACUCUGUGGGUCCUCGAGGUUCCAUAGCUAUCAGAGGCUCUACUGUCUCUCGGGGUUCUAUGGUCGUCCGCCGAAGACUUGUGGGACGAGGUGGGCUAGCGUCCUCUACAAUUCCGGCCCAAGCUGACGAUGGCAACAAGAACCGAUUUAGUGUUUUUGGCAAUGCUUCCAUGCCAGCUGCUGUUAUUGUCGAAUCCAUAGAUACGAAUCCAAGGUUAUCCCAGGACAAGAUUCGGAUCAGCGAGGCGGAGGCUCCUGGACGUCGUUUGCUGCUUCGUAUGAUUGACGUCCAACGCAUGUUAGCAAAUGUAAACACGUCGCUUUUGACUGGUGUGUCGUUAGGCAGAGAUGACUGGGAAGAGCUUAGGGUAGGUUGUGUGACACUUGGAGAAGUCUUUGAGAACGAAGUUGUGUUUGCGUGGGACGAUGAGGAUACAGGUUCUGUGCAGACGCCGCAGUCAUUGUCACAGUCACACACUUCGCUACCUUCUCGUCUUCAACGACAUCGCCCUGGAAAUGAGCCAGGGAAGAAUCGACCUCUACAUUCAUCGAUGCCACCAAAAUCAAAGGUGACAAGUAUGACGAAUGCUGGUCCCAAUAGACGCUCUGUCGCCUUCAAGACAACGGAAAACAUUAAAAACGAAGAGCAGGACGAGUUCGUGGAAUCAAUGCUGAAUAAGCCUUUGCAAACCAUUAUGUCCAUUGGAUCUCCAAUCGUGCAACAAAAAGAUGAGACAUUGGCGGGAGGCUCAGAGUCAAGCACAUCAGAUGAAAUCCAUGAGCUGAAAGAUGCCACAGCAAAUGACACUGGGCUGCAUGGGGAGCAGCAACAAAAUCCAGAUGGUCGCAAUGAGAAUUUGGCAAAACACCGAGUACGGGCGAAUCAUCAAAAUGUAUCUCUCCCUGUGGAGUUGCCAAUAAUUGAAAAACUGCCUGUUGGGGUAUUCGGGAAAGGAGCAAUUCUUUCAAGGCAAGUAUCGGGACUCUCCGAGUCCUCGGAACAAGAAAAAUCGGAUGCAACCUCCGAAGGGGCUACAGAUGUGGCAACGGAUCAAAUUCCGCUGGGGGAAUUUCAAUAG